AUGGCUUCGUACAGACUGCCGAGUAUCAUCAGAAGAGACACAGUGCAAGUCAAGGUGCAGCCGGGGCGUUCAAUGCCAACAGAAAGGUUUCGCCCGCUAGGCACGUUUCGCGGGCGCGACUCCCUCAACGUCGACAUUUCCCGACGCAUCUUCGGCAAAGAUCGGAACCGUUCGCCGACCGUCGACGAGAUCACCGAACAUGACGUCGAGGCCAUGCGCCGAGCGGUCGAACUUGAACUCCUGACGUUCAACAAGUGGACCAGGACGAACGGGAAGAUGGCGGCGCCGCCUCCAAAAAAAGACCACUUCUCUCUCAUGUCCCGGUUUGACCCCUGCCCGACCCGAGCCGUCACCCCGCUACCCGAGAGACGAGAGGACCACAAGCUGGGAACGAGAACGUGUCAGAAACAUCCGAUGGCAGACGACCCAAAACCGGAAUACUGCAGCAUUCUCGGCGAGUACGCAUGCGCCGGCUGUGCGAAACAGAGGAAGAAGAAGAGGGUGACCUUCCGACUGAACCAGAGCUACCCCAACUGGGACACCAAUCCCAAGACCCUCUGCGCGCCCGUCAAGAUCGAACAGCUUCGAAGGGCGUUUCCAAGGAAACCGUCGUCUACGUCAUUUUCGAGCGGAAAGAAGGCGGACACCAAGGUCACCACGAAGGACAAGGUGCGAUUCGAGGGUCGCCCAAGGAGCUCGCUCAAGCAGAGCAAGUGCUGCUGGGAAGGUCAGGUGACCGAGUGGGAGGUCAUGCAGCGCAUGGCCGAGCAGAAGAAGGCAUCAUGGGAAGACGCGCCAAGGAUUGUGGUCCCAACGGUGACGUCACGCCAGAGGACCGAUAGCGAGGCUACCAGCGUGUAUGUCGCGCCGCCUAUCGUGUAGUGGGUUUAUUCGUGACGUCACAGCCGCCAUGUUGGCUGGUUAAAGCUGGAAGACCAAGCAGGUUCUAUUUUAAUCUGAUUGAAGACCUACACAUGCACAGUGACAUGUUCAGGUGUCAGAAUUAAAGCUUCAUUGCUUUGAUUUUUUACUUAGUAUCAAAUCUGGACCCAUUUUUCAAAGCUGUACAUAAAAGAUUGCCAUCACGAAUUAAAACAAACUUUGGCUAUAACAGAUUUGAAAAUACCAUGAUAGCUCUGAGCCCUCUUCGUGGUACAAACGUUGUCAAUUUGGCAUGGUUUGUUGGUCUUUAUUGCCUUAAAGUGGUCAAAUGGCCUUGCAUUGAUCAAACCCGUUAAGGAUAGUUGCAUUGGCAUCACCUGCUAACUUCCAGGUUCUAUUAUCCAACAUGGCGGAAAAUGCUUACGUCACAGCCAUAUAAGGUAAAGUUUGGUCGAGUUUAUAUUUCCUGAUGUAGAGCCAUUCAUAUGCUGCAAUAAUUAACUUUACGUGUUAGUAUUUUUUCAGCAAACAUGUUGUGAAAUGCUGCUUUACAGAACAGUGCAUUAUGGAAAGAAUUGUGCUAUGUUAUAGUUGCAUCUUUAUUCUUUGAUCUCUCCGCAUGUUAUAAUGUUCUACAGUUCAUUGACUUUAUACUUGAUCUUGGAUGAGAAGUACUCAUGUACAGGUAGCAAUGCAAAUAAAAUCACCGGAUGCAUGUACAAUGCAUAAUUGGAUCUACUGUUGAGUAUUACUAAUAAGAAAUGUUCCGUCAAUGUCUACUUUCUUGUACUUUUCCUCAGAGUUGGACUGCAAUUUUGCUGUAUUUUAUCCAUUUAUAUGCCAAAGGGCAUAUCAACAUCUAAUCUAUAUGAACGGUCUGCAAUCACAGAAAUGUUGCAUUGUUGCCCUUGGUUGUCAAGUUGAAAUAUUCUGUACUCAUGCUUCUAAAGAAAACACCAUUCUGUACACAGACGAUGUGGAGAUGCGUUUUAUUAUGAAAACAAGUGUCAACACAGAUCAAUACUUUCAGAUGUUUGAUUCUAAACUGAGCAUUUUAGUGAACUAAACUGUUGGCGUAGUAACCAAUCUGCUGUUGGUGUAGUGGACGCCAUAGGAGAAUGUUAUGUGGAUUACAUUUGUUGUCUUUAAACUUAGAUUGAAUAUCUAUAAAAUUAUGUUUCUUUAGACCACGUUACGAUUUAGUUCUUUAAAGUUUCUGAAAUCGCCACGGUAACCACUCAAAGAUGUAGCAAAUAGUGCUAUAAUUGGUAUGAUACAAAUUAUCACUUCAAACUAUAUACAACUUCUUCAUAUUGAUAUUCCCUGAGAAUGAAACUUUUAUAGAGAUAUAGGAUAUAUAUCUAUUAGGUGCAUAUCAGACAUAUUCCUCAAAGCUUUUUCCUGUGAUAUAACGUAUAAAUAAGCAUUUGUGAGAUGCUACUGGUGAUACAAACGAAAACUCCUGGUCCUAUGUUCUACCAACCCGAUGAAAUUGCUUUCGGUUGAGCUAGUUCUUCAACAUUUCCUGAUAACGUCAUCUCUGUAGUGUAUCAUAUCCCACGUUUUUGGCUUGAGAAGAGGGGUUCAACUCCUCGAGUCCGAUGUCUUUAUCAUCUUCCCGUUUCCUCUUCUUACAACACCUGGAAAAGUUGUCAUGACUGGCAGCAGCCAAGGACCUCCACCAGUGCGAGACUUGUGGUUGGAAGACGCAGAGGAUGAUGUUCAGUCCGAUGAGAAGUGU